CCAACCUCUGGCUCGUACAUUGUACAUGAAGUCAUUCAGACGUGCUUUUAUGUUUGUUUUAGUUUAGAUGGUAUGUUACUACCAACAGUCACCAGCCACUGAGUUUUCAUCAGUGUACGGUUUCUUUUUGUUAUCCCGUUUCAACAUUGCGCUGCCUGAAUGUCAGACUUGGAGAUGCCAGCCAAAACACAUGGAGUUGGAGUCUUCUUGGAGCUGAGAAAAAGGCUUCAGAGUGGACUUCUUAUUGUCGGGAAAGAUGUGGCCAGAGGUCCUGCAGAUGUGGGCGUGACAGGUGGAGAGUCUUCUCUCCGCGUCCGAACUCCCAGAGGUGAGCUGAGCCUCACUUUGCCGGCAGGAGUCGCCUUCGAGCAGGGAUCCUGCAUGCCGACGCCUGCGGGAGAAUCUUGUGGAGAGGAGCUGCAUUUCAGACUGCGCAUUAGCGUCACGAGAAGCUCGGAUGAAGAGGCUUCUGACAGUGUGAUGGAGACACUCCGGGCUAAGGAGACUUAUUGCUUCUACUGCCAGCGCUGCAUGACCAGGCUGCUCGAGGACAGAGUGUUUAAGCGAGUUCUUCCUCUCCCUAAUGGCAACUGGAACGCCAUCGUGGACGACUGGUGUUGCCAUCCAGAUCCGUUUGCUAACAAGAAGCUGCUACCCCGAGCAGAGGAUUGUUUACUGGGUGACACCUUCCUCCUCCUGGCUAGAGAUGGCAGCUGUGAACAGACUAUUACUGAGGAAGUGAGCCCUGUUGGCUCAGAGGACAGUCAAGAUCCAAAGAAACCCUGCCGCCGACUGGCCCUCAUCUCCUGCAAGAGCUGUUCAUCAGAGCUGGGAGAGGCUGUCGCACCAGGGACCCUGAAACUGUACAUCACACAGGUGGUGGUGGAGCCCGCUGUGGGAGACAGAAAGCCAGAAACUUCACUUCACAGAUCUCUCUGCCUGGAGAAGACUAUAGCAGCCAGGCUGUUGGGGCUGUCCAGCUCAAUGAGCACCUUCCACUUCUCUGUCCAAACUCCUGAUGGAAAGGCCUUCUUGCUGCUCUGGCUACUGAACAGCGACUCCAUCACAGUGUCAGUCCCAGAGACGUGCGUCGGGGGUGAGAGGUCUAUCAGCUCCCCCGCUCUUCACAGUCCAUCACCCCGAGCCGCCAGAGCCCUGAAACUCCUCUACACCGCCUGCUCUCACACAGGCAUCGAGCAGAGAGACAUUGUAACUAGCUGGGAGGUCAAUGCCAUAGGACAUCCCGUGGUGCUGCCGCUGAAGGUGUGUGAGGAGCUGCUGCAAGUGAUGGAUGACAGCAACGCUACACUCCCCGCGUCUACGCGCCGCAUGAGGUCCUAUGAGGUGGCAUACCUGAGACUGUGAGGUCAAAGGUCAGAUGCCAGGAGGUCAAGACCACACUUGUCACUCCUGGUCAAGAAUUCAAGAGGACCUGGGACAGCUGGGAGAGGAACUUUUGUGAACAUGUACCCAUACAUGUCGUGUAUAUCUGUAUAUGUUAAGGUGAUGUCCUGCACAGUUCCAGUAAGUACAAGAAUGAAGAAUACUGCAGAACGAAAUGCAGCAAGUGGUGAAUCGCUUGUUCAGUCAAGUUGUGGUUUCUGGUUGCUUCUUUCAACAUGUUUGGUAGUGUGUCAUCGCCUGCCAACAGAUUGAUGUUGAAACAGGUUGCUGCCAGACUUCUGAAAUGCAUAUCCAGUAAAUGCAAUACUGGAAGACAAUGACAAGAACAUCCAAAUCAUUUUUCAUAGAAGAGAUCCUCACAUGUCAUUGUAGUUGUCAUUCUUAAUGUUAUGUCAGAAGGUAUCACAAUGUUGGAAAAGCCUGUACAUGUACAUUGUAUGUUUGUCCAUUUCUCAACUUUUUUUGUAUGAAGCAGAUUAAACUGUUUGGUGGUA